CUAAUAUCAUAGCAUCGUAGUAUCCUAAAAUCGGAGUCUUGUUUGCUUUUCUGUGUGUCCUGUAAAUGCAAAAAGAACCACAGUAGAAGACUUUAUGUUUUCAAUUUUUAACUUUCAACUAGAAGAAGAAUAUUAAGCUCCUAUGGAUUGAAACAGCUUGACUUUUGUCAAUUAUCAUAUUACAGAUUGCGUUUUGUGUAUUAGCUAAUUCAUGUCAUGGAAAUUAUGAAAGGAGAUGGUUCUUUGCUCCUUUUUCUAUCAAACAUAGAGAUUACAGAUUAUAAGUCCGUCGAUUGCCAAAGAAAAAGUAGCUGAAAGAAAGAACUGACUGGACUCGACAAACCCUUUUGCGAAGCCUUUUAUUUGCAACUCGCUCCUGCACUCUGUGCCUGACUUAACUCUAAAUUUAUUUUCUUUUGAUAAAUUUGCAAGUGUUUUCUCUCCAUCAUCACCAUUCUACAAAAGCUGCAAGAAGGAUUUACUGUAAGAAGAUAUCAUACUUCCGGUAACAACUCCAGGUCACGGAUAUCAUUCUAUUAUACUAAAUAGACAAUCCACUCUUUACAGUGCAGCUGAACAAGCAGAAAAGAAUUCCUUUUUUAAAGAAAUCUUUCUUUUUUUUCUUCUUCUCUUUUCCCUUUCCUGUCCCUUGGGCUCGGAAAAGUCGAAGCGAUUCCUACCGUGAAUCAUAGAAAAACCGUUCCCAAUUUAUAGUGAUUUCCGGCUCUAUCAAAUAACAGUAAUAUGCAAUGAAAUAAAAGAUUUGAAUUUUUACAUUUCCUUUAUCCACGUUUGUUUCUUCGAAAAGAAACCAUGAGUGGUGGUCACUUAUCCGUAGCUUCACAGUCCAGUCCAUGUACUACCACAACCUAACUAACCCCCAUCUCCUCGAGUUUAGCUGAAAGCCCAUUAAAUUCAUUUCUAUAAUGUUGAGAACUGUUUUUUCCCGAAGAGUAGCUUGCUUGCGUCCUCUUAAAGCUUCUAUUCCAUCCUAUCGACCUCUUUCUUUUACUGCUUUUCAUCGUAACAAGCAUCAAGAAGUUACAAAGUCUGCAGCUCAAGAGCUUGCCAACGCUAAAGAACCUUCUGAUUUGAUCGGCCCUGGUGGUCGUGAAGGUGAGGUGCCUACUGACAUUGAACAAGCCACUGGUUUGGAGCGUUUGGAACUUUUGGCCGAAUUGGCUGGCCAAGAUGCUUUCGAUAUGAAGCCUUUGGAUGCUUCCCGUAAAGGAACUUUAGAUGAUCCUAUCGUUGUCACUUCUCUUGAUCCUUUCCGUCACAUUGGCUGCUCCGGAAGCCCCUCUGGCUCUCACAAUUUGACUUGGAUGACUGUCAAUGAGCACAAGCCUCGUCGCUGCCCUGAGUGUGGUUCCGUCUACAAGUUGAAGUAUAAUGGUGACCCACACGCAUCUCACCAUUAGUCGCUCUCUUUUACUACAGCUAUUCUUUAGUAGUUAUAAUAUCCAUUACUUUUUAUUCUUUUGCUUUCGUCAAUUCUUUGGUAAAGUUGUUCGCUUCUUUUACUAUACUGACUGUUAUGAUUAACACAAUUGAUUAUCAUUAUUAUCAUAAUACUUUCAGAAAACUUACUUGCAAACACUUCUUCCUAAUAAUUGAUAAACCUUUUCUACUUGACUGGGAAUAAUAUGAUACCAACUGUCUCAUGUGUAACCAAA